UUCUCUUACAGUUCAGCUACAUCCCUUUGAAGCAGGAGACAGAGUUCUACUCAAAACAUGGGAAACCAAAUAGCCGGACAAUCAACUGGAGGAAAAAUGGAUGGGACCCUGGGACGUGCUUCUCACCACUCCAACUGCUCUGAAGCUGGCAGGGAAACAUCACAGGAUCUGAACCAAAAGAGACCUUCUCCUGGCCGUGGCACUGGACUGCAAUGACGAUCUCUCCUGCUGAAUAUGUUGCUUUAACCACUUUUGUUACGCUGGUAAUGACAUGGGUUCCCUGUGGAGCUGGUGGACACUCUGGGCCGGAGCAACCCUCCUGUGGGGGUUUACCCAGGAGGCCUCAGUGGACCCCAGCAACACCGAGGGGGAGGAAUUCCUCACAGCCUUCCUGCAGAACUACCAGCCCGAGUACAUCAGAAGCCAUCUCGAGCUCCUCAUCACCAGUCUGUCAGACAGUCCUGCCUCAGUCAACGUCGUCAGCCAGGCAGACAACUCCUCGCAGAAUGUCACAGUGAAUCCUGGGCAGCCAGUCGCAGUCACCAUCCACGCCAAAGCUGAGAUGGUCGGCAGCAAGAUCUUCCAGCAUGCGGUGUUGGUCCACUCUGACCGCAGCAUCACCGUGCAGGCCAUCAACACUAAGCCCAACACGGGAGAGCUGACACUGCUGCGACCUGUCAGCGCCCUAGGAACUGAGUACUUUGUGUUCACACCCCGCGGCACCUCGGCCCAGAACCUCAAGGAGUUUGCUGUGGUGGCUGGUGCAAAGGGUGCCAACGUCAGGGUGCACCUGAAGGGGGGAGUGGCAUUCGAGGAUAAGUUCUACGCAGCGGGCAGUGUCCUGAAUGUGAUUCUGAAGCCCUACCAAGUGGCCCAGGUACAGAGCAUGGCUGAUCUCUCAGGAUCAAAGGUCACAGCCAGUAGCCCCGUGGCUGUUCUCUCCGGCCACAGCUGUGUCCAGAAACACACAUCCUGCAACCAUGUGGUGGAGCAGCUGCUACCCACAUCUGCCUGGGGCACCCGCUAUGUGGUGCCCCCUCUGUCCUCCCAGACCCGCUAUGAUCUGGUCUAUGUCCUGGCCAGCCAAGCCACGAAGCUGACCUACCACCACGGGACCACCAGCGGCUCCAAGAAGCUCCAGGAGGGUGGAGUGAUGGAGUUUGAGGUCCGGCCAUCCCACGCACUCUACCUGCAAGCAGAUGUGGGCAUCCAAGUCCUGCUUUUCGGUACAGGUGCCACAAGGGACAGAAUGGACUACAACCCCUACCUGGUCCUGAUCCCAGAUGUGGAGUCCUACUGCUCUGCCUAUGUGAUCAGUAAUAUCCCAGCCUCUACGGGCUUGGCCCUGGUGGUAUCACAGAUAAAGGAUGCUCCCAAGCUGACCGUGGAUGGACACAGGCUGGGGGAGAGGCUCACCUGGCUAGCUGUACCGGGCAGUGAGUUCUCGUAUGUGGAAGUGGACCUCAACGCUACUGCCUUGAUCCACAUGGCCAUGGCCAAUGCCCACUUUGGGCUGCUCACCUUCUGGCUGGUCCAGUCUGAGGGCUAUGGGACAGCAGGUGCCUGCAGCCAAAACCUGCAGCCUCCCCAGGAGAAGGCCUCCUGCCAGGAUGUGCAGUGCCCUCCCUCGCAGCUCUGCCAGGUGGUGGACGGGCAGGCCAAGUGCAUGCCAAGCCUUACGGCCACCUGCCGAGCCCAGGGUGACCCCCAUUACACCACCUUCGAUGGCCGUUGCUACGACAUGAUGGGCACAUGCUCGUACACGAUGGCAGAGCUGAACAGCGAGGACCUGACCCUGCCAGCCUUCAGCGUGGAGGCCAAGAAUGAGCACCGGGGCAACCGCCAAGUCUCCUAUGUGGGCUUCGUCACUGUGCAUGCCUACAGCCACUCUGUGUCGCUGGCCCGCGGGGAAGUUGGCUUCGCCCGGAUCGACAACCAGCGCUCUUGCCUGCCUGUUUUCCUGGCCGAGGGUGGCAUGCUUGUGUACCAGAGUGGGAGGCAGGCCGUAGUGGAGCUGGACUUUGGGCUGGUGGUCACCUACGACUGGGACAGCCAACUGGCACUGACCCUACCCGUGAGAUUCCAAGGCCAGGUGUACGGACUGUGUGGCAACUAUAACGGCAAUCCCGACGACGACUUCCUCACACCUGACGGGACGCAGGCUGCUGAUGCUGUGGAGUUUGCCCAAAACUGGAAGCUGGAUGACGGGGACUACCUGUGUGAGGAUGGCUGCGAGGGCAACUGUCCCUCCUGCACACCAGGCCAGGCCCAGCACUAUGAGGGCGACCGUCUCUGUGGCAUGCUGACCAAGCCCAAUGGCCCCUUUGCCGCCUGCCACAAUACCCUGAGCCCCCAACGCUUCCUGAAGGAGUGUGUAUACGACCUGUGUGUGUCAAAUGGGGACCGGUCCAGCUUGUGCCGUAGCCUCAGCACUUACGUCCAGGCCUGUCUGGAGUUUGGCAUCUCUAUCAAGGACUGGAGGUCACUAGCCAACUGCCCCCUGUCCUGCCCCCCCAACAGCCGCUACGAGCCCUGCGGCCCCCCCUGCCCCGCCUCCUGCAACCCCGAGGUCAAGCCCGCCAACUGCUCCGGGCGCCCGUGCGUGGAAGGCUGCGUGUGCCUCCCGGGCUUCGUGGUCAGCGGCAGCGCCUGCGUGGCCGCCUCGACCUGCGGCUGCAUCUACCAGGGCCGCCCGCUGGCCCCGGGCCAGCAGGUGUGGGCGGACCAGCAGUGCCGGCGGCGCUGCACCUGCAGCGGCGCCACCAACCAGGUGAGCUGCAGCGACACGCAAGGCUGUCCCUCCGGCGAGCGCUGCCGCGUCCAGAACGGCCUCCUGGGUUGCUACCCGGACCGCUUCGGGAGCUGCCAGGCGUACGGGGACCCGCACUACGUGAGCUUCGACGGCCGGCGCUUCGAUUUCAUGGGCACCUGCACCUACCUGCUGACCGGCUCGUGCGGCCCCAACGCCACGGCGCUGUCCGCCUUUCGGGUGCUGGUGGAAAAUGAGCAUCGAGGCAGCCAGACUAUGAGCUACACGCGCGCCGUGCGCGUGGAGGCCCUAGGCGUGAAGGUGGUGGUGCGCCGGGAGCAUCCUGGGCUAGUGCUGGUGGAUGGCAUCCUUCAGUAUCUGCCCUUCCAGGCAGCAAAUGGGCAGGUCCAGGUGUUCCGCCAGGGCCAAGAUGCGGUCGUGCGCACAGACUUUGGCCUGACUGUCACCUAUGACUGGAAUACCCGUGUGACUGCCAAGGUGCCCGGAAGCUAUGCUGGGGCCCUGUGUGGGCUCUGUGGAAACUUCAAUGGGAACCCAGAUGAUGAUCUGGCUCUGCCGGGUGGGGGCCAAGCUGACAGUGCACUGGCCUUCGGGAACAGCUGGCAGGAGGAGAUAAGGCCAGGCUGUGAAGCAACCAACCCAGGUGACUGUCCCAAGCUGGAUGCUCUGGUGGCCCAGCAGCUGCAGAGCAAGAAUGAGUGUGGGAUCCUUGCUGACCCUAAGGGGCCCUUCCGGGAGUGCCACUACAAGCUGGACCCACAGAGUGCUGUGCGAGACUGUGUCUACGAUUGCUGCUUGCUGCCAGGCCAGUCUGGGCCACUGUGUGACGCGUUGGCUGCCUAUGCUGCUGCAUGCCAGGCCGCUGGGGCCACUGUGCACCCCUGGAGGAGUGAGAAGCUUUGCCCACUGAGCUGCCCGCCCCACAGUCACUAUGAAGUGUGUUCCCGUGGCUGCCCACUGUCCUGUGGAGACCUCCCUGUGCCCGGGGGCUGCGGCUCUGACUGCCACGAGGGCUGUGUGUGCGACGAGGGCUUUGUACUCAAUGGUGAGUCCUGCGUGCCCCCGUCCUCCUGCGGCUGCUUGUGCCAGGGCAUCUAUCACCCUCUGGGCGAGACCUUCUAUCCUGGACCUGGGUGCAAUUCCCUUUGCCACUGCCAGGAGGGUGGCCUGUUGUCCUGUAAGCCCUCCUCCUGCGGCCCGCAUGAGGCCUGCCAGCCAUCCGGUGGCACCCUGGGCUGUGUGGCUGUGGGCUCUGCCACCUGCCAGGCGUCGGGAGAUCCUCAUUACACCACCUUCGAUGGCCGCCGCUUCGACUUCAUGGGCACCUGUGUGUACGUGCUGGCUCAGACCUGUGGGACCCGGCCUGGUCUGCACCAGUUUACUGUCCUGCAGGAGAAUGUGGUCUGGAACAAGAAAAAAGUCAGUGUGACCCGUGUGGUCACUGUCCAGGUGGCUAACUUCACCCUGCGGCUAGAACAGAAUCAGUGGAAGGUCAAGGUGAACGGUGUGGACAGGAAGCCACCUGUGGUUCUGGCUGACGGCCUGAUCCGAGCCUCCCAGCACGGCUCAGACAUUGUGAUCCAGACUGACUUUGGCCUACGUGUGGCCUAUGACCUCAUGUACAACGUGCGGGUCACCGUCCCAGGCAACUACUACCAGCAGUUAUGUGGCUUGUGCGGGAACUACAACGGUAACCCCAAGGAUGACUUCCAGAAGCCCGAUGGCUCACAGACAGACAGCCCCGAUGAGUUUGGCCACUCCUGGGAGGAGGCAGUGCCCGGCUCUCCCUGCCUGCUGCCACCUCCCUGCAAGCCCGGCGAAGACUGCAACCUUCCGACGUGUGGACCUGAGCUGCAGAAGAAGUACCAUCAGGAGGAGUACUGCGGGGUCCUCACCAGCCCCACCGGGUCACUGGCUGCCUGCCACAAGCUGCUUGAUCCCAACGGUCCCUUGCAGGAUUGUGUCUUUGAUCUCUGCGUGAGUGGCGGAAACCAGAGCAUUCUCUGCAGCCACAUUCAUGCCUAUGUGAGUGCUUGCCAGGCGGCUGGAGGCCAAAUCAAACCCUGGAGGAACGAAUCUUUCUGUCCGAUGAAGUGUCCCCCCAACAGCCACUACGAGCUCUGCGCAGACACCUGCUCCCUGAGCUGCUCUGCGCUCAGUGCCGCCCCGCAGUGCCCGGAGAACUGUGCCGAGGGCUGCCAGUGUGACCACGGCUUCCUCAGUGAUGGCGAAAGCUGCGUGCCCAUCCAGAAGUGUGGCUGCUACCACAAUGGUAUCUACUAUGAGCCCAAUCAGACGGUCCUCGUGGACAGCUGCCGGCAGCUGUGCGUGUGCCACUCUGGGAAAGGCCUGGUGUGCCAGAACCACAGCUGCGAGGCGGGGGAGGUGUGCCAGUCCUCAGCAGGCAUCCUGAGCUGUGUCAAAGAACUGUGCCAUGAUAUUACGUGUCGGCCACAGGAAACAUGCCAGGAGAAGGAAGGCCAUGGUGUGUGCGUGCCCAACUAUGAGGGCAAGUGCUGGCUGUGGGGUGACCCCCACUACCACUCCUUCGACGGCUGGAGCUUCGACUUCCAGGGCACCUGUAACUAUGUGCUGGCAACAACCAGCUGCCAAGGGGUCAACACCCAGGGCCUCACACCCUUCACCAUCACCACCAAGAAUGAGAACCGGGGCAACCCCUCUGUGUCCUACGUGAGACUUGUCACUGUGACUGUCCUCAACAUCAACAUCUCCAUCCACAAAGGCGAGGUUGGCAAAGUCCGGGUGAAUGGUGUACUGACAGCGUUGCCCAUCUCUGUGGCUGGCGGGCGGCUUUCAGUGAUUCAGGGAGUAUCAAAAGCAAUGCUGACAGCUGACUUCGGGCUGCGGGUCAACUAUGACUGGGAUUGGCUGGUGGAGGUGAUGCUGCCCAGUAGCUAUCAUGGCGCAGUGUGUGGGCUCUGUGGGAACAUGGACCUCGACCCCAACAAUGACCUUACCUUCCCUAACCUCACACUGGCUCCCUCAAUACCCGUCUGGGGUGGCAGCUGGCGAGCCCCAGGCUCGGACCCACUGUGCUGGGAUGAAUGUCAGGGGUCCUGCCCAAAGUGCCCUGAGGACCAGCUGGAGGAGUACAAGGGCCCUGGGUUCUGUGGACCCCUGGACCCUAAUUUAGGAGGCCCCUUUGCUGCCUGCCAUGCCCAUAUACCACCUGAAAGCUUCUUCAAGGGCUGCGUUCUGGAUGUCUGCCUGAGCAGUGGAGCCCGUAACAUACUUUGCCAGGCUCUGGCUAGCUAUGUUGCUGCCUGCCAGGCCGCUGGCAUCGUCAUCAAGGACUGGAGGGCACAGGCCUGCUGUGAGAUCUCCUGCCCCAGCAACAGCCACUACGAGCUCUGUGGCCCACGGUGCCCUGCCACCUGCCCAUCCCCUGCACCCUCCAACAUCUCAGCCCUAUGUGAGGGCCCCUGCACCGAGGGUUGCCAGUGUAACCCAGGCUUUGUGUUGAGCGUAGACCGCUGUGUUCCUCUGGAUGGCGGCUGUGGCUGCUGGGCCAACAACACCUACCAUGAGGCAGGCAGUGAGUUUUGGGCUGGUACCACCUGCUCCCAGAGGUGCCACUGCGGACCUGAGGGUGGCUCGCUGGUCUGCAAGCCUGCCAAGUGUGGGCUUGGUGAAGUGUGUGCCCUGCUGCCCUCAGGCCAGUAUGGCUGCUAUCCUGUUAGUACGGCAGAGUGUCAGGCCUGGGGUGAUCCCCAUUACAUCACCCUGGAUGGGCACCAAUUCGACUUCCAAGGUACCUGUGAGUACCUGUUGAGUGCACCCUGCCCUGCACCACCUGCGGGGGUUGAGAACUUCACCGUCACUGUAGUCAAUGAACACCGGGGCAGCCAGGCCGUCAGCUACACCCGAAGCGUCACCCUGCGUAUCUACGAUCACAACCUGACCCUCAGUGCCCAGUGGCCGCGACAACUGCUGGUGGACAGCACGCUCGCGGCGCUGCCCUUGCAGCUGGACUCGCGCCUGCGUGCGCACCUGAGCGGCCCCGACGUGGUGGUGACCGCGGCCAACGGGCUCUCCCUGGCUUUCGACGGGAACAGCAACGUGCGCCUGCGCGUGCCGGCCUCGUACGCGGGCGCCCUUUGUGGCCUGUGUGGGAACUACAACCGGGACCCCGACGACGACCUGAAGGCGGUGGACGGGAAUCCGGGCCGCUGGCAGGUGGGCGGUGAGGAGGGCUGCGGGCAGUGCGAGACCCCGCCGUGCCCCGCGCACUGCACGCCAGAGGAGCAGAAGCACUUCGCUGGCCCGAACGCCUGCGGCGUGAUCUCGGCCCCGGACGGACCGCUGGCACCCUGUCACCGCCUCUUGCCGCCCGAGCAGUACUUCCAGACCUGCUUGCUGGACGCCUGCCAGGUUCAGGGCCAUCCCGGAGGCCUCUGCCCUGCCGUGGCCGCCUAUGUGGCAGCUUGCCAGGCCGCUGGGGCCCAGCUCGGCGAGUGGAGGCGGCCGGACUUCUGUCCACUCCAGUGUCCUGCGCACAGCCACUACAAGCUCUGUGGUGACUCCUGUCCUGUGAGCUGCCCCAGCCUCUUGGCUCCUGAGGGCUGUAAGCCAGCCUGCCGCGAGGGCUGCGUCUGUGAUGCCGGCUUUGUGCUCAGUGGUGACACCUGUGUGCCCUUGGGCCAGUGUGGCUGCCUCCAUGAGGGCCGCUACUACCCACUGGGCGAGUCCUUCUACCCAGGCCCUGAGUGCGAGCGGCACUGCGAGUGUGGGCCCAAUGGUCAAGUCACCUGCCAGGAGGGCAAAGCCUGCCAGCCCCAUGAAGAGUGCCAGAUAAAGGACGGUAUCCAGGCCUGUCACCCUAUAGGCUGUGGUCACUGCGUGGUCAGUGGGGGCAUCCACUACAGUACCCUUGAUGGACGUGUCUAUGAUCUGCAUGGCACCUGCUCCUACGUCUUGGCCCAAGUCUGCCACUCACAGCUUGAGGAAAAGGACUUUGUCAUUGUGCUUGAGAAGGAUGCGGCUGGAGAUCCCCUGCGCCUGCUGGUUACUGUGGCUGACCAGGUUGUGAGCCUGGCUCGGGGCCCGCAGGUCACUGUGGACGGCGAGGCUGUGGCCCUGCCUGUGGCUGUGGGCUAUGUACAGGUGACCGCUGAGGGCCGGAACAUGAUUCUGCAGACAACCAACGGGCUACGGCUUCUCUUUGAUGGUGAUGCCUACAUCCUCAUAUCCACCCCCAGCUCCUACCAUGGCCGUCUCUGUGGCCUCUGUGGGAACUUCAAUGGCAACUGGAGUGACGACUUUGUUCUGCCCAGUGGCACUGUGGCCCCCAGCGUGGAUGCGUUUGGAGCUGCGUGGCGGGCACCCAGCUCCUCCCAGGGCUGUGGCGAGGGUUUUGGGCCCCAGGGCUGGCCCGUGUGCUCAGCGGAGCAGACAGAGCCCUAUGAGAGCAUCAAGGCCUGUGGGCAGCUCCGGGACCCCAAUGGCCCCUUUGCAGCCUGCCACGCGUUUCUGAGCCCCUCUGAGUACUUCCGCCAGUGCGUGUUUGACCUGUGUGCCCAUAAGGGCGACAGCACCUUCCUCUGCCGUAGCCUGACUGCCUACACAGCGGCCUGCCAGGCGGCCGGCAAGGCCGUGAAGCCCUGGAGGACAGAGAGCUUCUGCCCACUCCAGUGCCCCGCCCACAGCCACUACUCCAUCUGCACGUACUCCUGCCAGGGCUCCUGUGCAGCCCUCUCCGGCCUCACGGGCUGCACCUCCCUCUGCUUUGAGGGCUGUGAGUGUGACGACCGCUUCCUGCUCUCCCAAGGCAUCUGCAUCCCUGUCCAGCACUGUGGCUGCACCCAUGAAGGCCGAUACUUGCCUGUGAACUCCUCCCUGCUGAGCUCAGACUGCAGUGAGCGCUGUUCCUGCUCCCCCAGCACCGGCCUGACGUGCCAGGCAACUGGCUGCCCUCUAGGCCGUAUGUGCAAGGUCGAAGCUGGGGCCCGGGACUGCUGGGUCCCCUCUGGUCUCUGUUCCCUCUUUGUGGACGCCAAUCUCACCUCCUUCGAUGGAGCCCACAGCGCUGUCAGCAUCCCUGGCAUCUACGAGCUCUCUUCCCGCUGCCUAGGAAUACAGACCAUCCCCUGGUACCGUGUGCUCGCUGAUGCCCACUCCUGCCAUGACAAAGCUGGAGCUGUGGUCCAGGUUCACAUCUUCUUCGAGGACGGGCUGGUGACUGUCACCCAAAACAAGAGCGUGUGGGUGAACGGUCUCCAAGUCCGAGGAGAAUUCCCAGCUGAAGUGUUAACAUCUGUGUUUGUGAGUCGGAAUCCUGAUGGCUCCAUGCUAGUCCACCAGAAGGCAGGGGUCCAUGUACAGCUGGGCACCAAUGGGCAGCUGACUGUGAUGGUCAACAGUGACCAUGCUGGGGUCCUUUGUGGCGCCUGUGGAAACUUUGAUGGGGACCAGACCAAUGAUGGGCAUGACUCCCAGAGAAAUACAACAAUAGAGCACUGGCGAGCAGAGGACUUCUCCCCAUGGUGA